AUGAAGUUCUCUACACCAACUCUCCUUCUUGCUUCCAUUCCAGUCGCCCUUGCUAUUCCUGGAGACUACGGAUAUGGCUUUGAUUGUAAAGCAGUCACCGUUACAGCUACAGUCACCUACACUAAGCCCAGCUACGAGGUCCCAGCCAUCAAGACUGUCACUAUCACGAAGCCUAGCGACGGUCUGACUAAGGCUAAGACUGUGACAGUCACGCAGGCCAACUACAAGGAUCCCACUACCAAGACUGUGACAGUCACGCAGACCAACUACAAGGUCCCAGCCCCCAAGACUGUCACUAUCACGAAGCCCAGCGACGGCCCGACCAAGGCCAAGACUGUGACAGUCACACAGACCAACUACAAGGAUCCUACUACCAAGACUGUUACUACCACCCAGUCGGACUAUGGUGCUUUGCCUACCAAAACUGUGACAAUCACACAGAACAACUACAAGGACCCUGCCACCAAGGUCAUCACAGUCACCAAGCCCACCUAUGGCCCAACAAUUUACAAGACUAUCACCAAUACCUUCACCACAUACGGAUGGAAGCCCACAGUGACCAAAUACCACCAUGAACCGGCUUACACCAUGUACAAGACUGGUACUGUUACUAAGACCGUUACCAAGGCUUGCCACAACGAUGAGAAGGCUCCGCUCAACAUCGGAGUUUUUGACAACUCUGGAAGUGGAUCUGGAAGCGGAAACUGGUGGAACUGA